GGUAAUGAGAUAAUCCUAUCUCACGUAUCGAUAAUGUCGACUGAUGAAACCAUACUCAAUCAGCUGAAGAAGGAGAUUCCAGUGGAUGAAGAAUCUCUGGUUUUGAAUCCAGACUCGAGGGUCGGUCUCGUCAUCGUUGACGUUGUUAAUGGGUUCUGCACCGUUGGCUCCGGAAAUAUGGCUCCAACAAAGCAUAAUGAACAGAUAUCAAAGAUGGUGGAGGAAUCUGCAAAGCUUGCAAGAGAGUUCUGCAAUCGGAAAUGGCCGAUUUUUGCGUUUCUUGACUCCCAUCACCCUGAUAUCCUGGAGGUCCCGUAUCCUCCUCAUUGUAUUAUUGGAACCGAUGAAUCAAAACUCGUUCCUGCUCUGCAGUGGCUUGAGAGUGAGAGUUGUGUCACUCUUAGGCGCAAAGAUUGCAUUAAUGGGUUUGUGGGUUCUAUGGAGAAAGAUGGUUCUAAUGUUUUUGUGGAUUGGGUUAAGGAAAAACAGAUCAAAGCCAUUGUGGUCGUAGGUAUCUGCACGGACAUAUGUGUGUUUGAUUUUGUGGCUACUGUAAUCUCUGCCCGAAACCACAGUGUUCUUCCUCCUUUAGAAGAUGUGGCAGUGUACUCUCAUGGCUGCGCCACUUUUGACCUUCCUCUUCAUGUUGCAAAAGACAUCAAAGGCGCUCAGGCUCAUCCCCAGGAGUUGAUGCACCAUAUAGGUCUGUACAUGGCUAAAGGAAGAGGAGCUAAGGUAGUCUCUGAAAUUUCUUUUGGUCAGUGAAAGACUGGCUCGCAGGAAAAUUUUAUCAUUUCAGUAAAUUGUUGAAUUUGCCAUUUUUUCAUGUAAAUUGUUCAUGAAGCUUCUUUGCUGAAGAUCAACUUUUAUGUAUUAUCUCAUUAUCUGAAUGAGAAAUAAUUUGAUAUCUCAUCUGUCUAAAUGAAAUGUUCAGUCU